GCGCGAGGCGGGGCUCCGGGCCACGCCCCCCCCGCGGCCGAUAUAAGGCUGCCGCGGCAGGCCGGGCGCUGGUGACGGCGAUCGCGAGGAGCCGCGGGCGGGUGUCGCUGCCGGCCGGGGAGUCUGCGCCCCUGGGCUCGGGGCCCGCGCCAUGGCCGACCCCAGGAUGCUGCCGAUGAGCCACGGCGUGAGCGGGCUCCAGAGCUACCGCCUGGGCGGCCUGCAGGGCGCCCCCCCGCACGGGCUCAGGACUCUGCCCGCCGCCGGCCAGAUGCUGCCCUACGGAGGGGCCGGCCUGGAUGGGAGCCUGCGACCGAGGCCCAGCGUCGGCGGGCAGGUGGCCCACCAUCCGCUGCCCAGCGCCAUGAUGUUCGGCAGCCCGGGCCAGCCGCAGCCGUACAUGGGGCCCGUGGGCGCCCAGCAGCUCAUGGCCAGCAUGCACCUCCAGAAACUCAACACCCAGUACCAAGGGCACCCGCUGAUGGGCGUGAGCAGCGGCCCCGUGGCGGCCGGGGUGCAGCAGUACAGAGUGGUGCCCAGCCAGCACCCUGGCAUGCAGCACAUGCCCUCGCCCGCUCUGACCUUGAAUGUUAUGGACACCGAUCUCAUCGAUGAGGAGGUCUUGACGUCUCUGGUCCAGGAACUGGGUUUGGACCGGAUUCAGGAGCUGCCGGAGCUCUUCUUGGGACAGAAUGAAUUUGACUUCAUCUCAGACUUUGUCAGCAAACAGCAGCCCAGUGCCAUCAGCUGCUGAGGUGCUUGGGGGUCAGUCUUUCCCUUUUGGUGGUUUGAUUCCCCCUCUUUCCCACCACCUCCCAAAAAACAAUCAUUGGAUGCUGAUGGCUUGCACUUGAUUGCUUUCUCUUUUCCGUGUGGGAGUUAUUUUUCUUGUUUUGGGAAUGGGAGGGGAGGACGGUUCUGGUGACCCAGACAGAGUGAAGAUGAAAUCUCGUUGUAGGAUCAUCCUAAGUGGCAUGAACAAGUUUUGUCUUCAGCAGAAAUAAGGACUACUUAAAAUGACGCUCAUGAAUUUCCAUGUCGAGGCUUCCAAGUGCCAGGGUAGAAGGACAGCGCGGUGCUGCUGCCAGUCGUGGGCUUGUUCUAGGGUUUGGCGUUGCCAGUGAAGUUCACAAACUUUAUUUGUGAUAAAAUCCUCUAAUGGCUUGUGUGUCUGAACCUCCAGUAUCUCACCUUGCAAAGAGGGGCUUGGGUUUGGGUUUUGUGUUGUUGCUGGCUUUUUGUCUUAAAAUCACAUCCCUCCCUUCCCCACAAUACUAGGAUGUUUAACAGGUCUUGAAUCUUACUUUUCUUACUUUGACUUGAAAAGGGAUCACUUCCCCCUCCAUCAGGUUAUUACUAUCCUAUUGUCUUAGCUGCACACAAUGUGUCUCUGGGGGGGGUGAUGUAUACAAGUGUGCCUAAACCUCUGUGGAAUUUGGAUCUUUUAACUUGUACAGCCAAUCAACUGUAAAACUACUAAGUGUUCAGGCUAAUUCAGAUGUAAGGCUUAAAGCUGCAGUCAAGCUCCACUUUCUCUGCCUCUGAAACCAAAUAAAAUCCAUGUAAUUGUAUAUUCUUGGCCUAAAAUUAUUUAUUCUUUUUCUAAUCAUUAUUUAUUAGAAAGGGCUCCCUUCGUUAUUUGGCUUUGAGACUGUUGGGAAUGACGAAAGGGCUUACUGCAGUUUUAAGACGCUGGCUUUUUAAAAAGGACUGGAACAGCUACAUGUUUCUUCCAAACAGCCAUGCACAAGGUUAUUUCAGCAGCAUAAUUUUGUGAUCAAUAUGUAGGACCUUGUAAACCAGCUCCCUUCCCUUCCCUUCCACCCCAUGUGAUUAAAGGAUGACUUGACUCUUAAUUACGUUGCUCAGAAAAGGUUAAAUGUAAAAGCUAGUGGGUUUUUGUUUCCUCUUCUGUCUCUUGUUUCCAGGCGCUGUGGAAAGCUCAUUGUGUCAACUUUUAGUUGCUACUGCCCCCUGCUGCUGAGAGCACAGAGCAGCACAUCAUUGUUGAUCGAUGAAGUGAGAAUGUACAGAUGCAUUUUCAAAUAAAAGCUAAAACUCUUAAGUGA